AUGAACAACGUCCAGCCUGCUGUUUGCUCCGAUAAUUCCAUGAAAGAUGAUCCUCUCGAUUUCAUCGAGAAAUUCUCCAUGUACAAACUCUCCUACAAACACAAGAGAACCAGCCAAAUAAUUUGCUACACCCUCUUCGGACUCAUCGAAUUCUACAACCUCCUCUUUCUACUCGAAUUCGCCAUGACGCGAAACACCGCUCUACUCAAACGAUAUUUAGUCACCAUCAUCUGCCAACAACCAGCUUGUUUGAUGUUCGCAAUCCGGCCGUACUUCCUCAAGUACCUCAGCACCGUGCAGGACUUCUACUUCGAGUACUACGCCUCGCCGAAGACGCCCCGCGGCGGUUUCAACGCCUCGAAGAUACUCUCCACCAAAAUCGUCUGUUCGAUCCUCUUCGUCCUCUCGCUGGCCGUCCAAUUGGUUUUCGUGGCGGUCAAUCAUCUGCACAUCGAUCGAUCCGCGAUGUACCACUUCCAGUACGUCCUGUUGCUGCAGGAUUUCUACCCGGUGUACGUGCUGUUUGUGGUUGUAACUUACGCUGUAGCUGCAGCUUCUGCUUAUAUAGUGGUUUAUCCAGUCGUAGCUGCUGUUUAUAUCGUGGUGCAUCUGCAGUUGCAGUUCCAGUAUUUGAACGAUUAUUUGGAUAGGGAGGUUAAGGGGCUCGAUAUAGGAGAGGAGGGUUAUCAGGAGGCGAUAAGGGAGAGAUUGUUGUUUUGCAGCGAAGGUUUCUACGGCAUUUUGAACAAAUCGCCUUGGAUAUACUGGAACAGAAACAACCAAAAUAUGAUGCUAAUGAUGCUGGUGAACGCGAAAGACCCGUUCAAAAUCACCUUAUCCGGACUGUUUACGCUAAAUUACGCUAUGAUUGUAUCAGCUGCUCGUCUAUGCUACAGCUUUACAACAGUCGCUAUUAAAAUAUAA